CACCUCCCGUGCUCAGCCACAGUUCGUAUAACCCUGACGAUCUCUCGCGCACUCCGAUCCUUACAGUAGACGUAGAUCGAAGGACUAGGGAGGCAGCGACGGUCGAUACCGCAAGACCGAAGUUUUUCGCGCACCGCUCGUUUUUUUUUCCUUUUUUCGCCGUGCCGUUUUGCCUGGCGGUUUCUCGACUGAUUCGACUUUGGAUCGCCUAUUCAGCGAGAUGUUCUCCAAAUCGACUUCGGCGUUGAUCAUUCUGCUGCUCGUCAUCACCGACGCGUUCCGUACUGCGAGAGCGGUCAUCAGCAACGACCGCCACCGUCAGCAACAGAUAUCAAAUAAUGCCGCCAAUAUCUUGGCUUAUGAAAUGGGAGUGAAGAAUUUGCUCGACACACCUCGCGAACAUUACCGACCAAUUACAGAUUGCAUGUUUGUCACUUCAGAGAGCGGACCGUUUACUUAUGUAUCGCGGUCCGAUGACGAAGUCGUUUGCGGCAUAUACUUCUUAACCGAUCCAGACCGCACGGUGGAGAUACAUUUUCACAGUUUCGACGUGCCCUGCGAUCAUCGUGGACUUCUUGCGGUAAUCGACGGCUGGGAAAUGGACGGCGAAAUAUUCCCGAGUGAGGCCGACCAUUCGUUACCGAUAAAAGACAGAGUGAACGAAUUCUGCGGUAAAAGCAGGUGGUACAGGAAAACCUUCACGAGUUCGCAGAACGCGGCGGUUCUUCAAUACAGAAUACCGAUGCGCAACAAGGGUUUCGUCAUAUCUGCCAGAUACCCGAAAAAUUCGAGACCCUGCAAUAUCUUGUCGGUCAGUACGACGGAUCCGUUUACGCUCCGCAAUUAUGGUAGACGGAUUAACUGCACCCUCAUGGCAAUGUAUCCCGGCGCCGUACAAGUAAUUGCGCUCGGAGUCGGCGGUAGCAGUUCGCAGAGCGUUGUUCACACGACCGAGACCGGCACCUUACAUAAAUGCGAUACAAAGAACCCGCGGGAUCAAUUGGAGAUCGGAGGCAGUCGCGGCCUGGAUACAAUGAAACUCGACGUAAUUGACUCCAUUUGCGGCAUCGAUUCCAAGCCAGAUAUAAAAGAAUUCGUGCCGUACGAAGUGACGUCGGUACGAUUAAUAUCGAGCGGUUACUACGAUAACUCGGCGACAAUAAUAAUAAAUCCGAUUGUGAGCGAUGAUCUGCUGGAUCCCGCCUCUGCUUUCUGAAGCGAUUCACUUCGAACAUUUUCGUCAUUGUCUGCCGAGUUGUUUGCUAUUCAUCUUGACAUUAAUUAUUUUAACGAGCGGCCACGUCGAUAUUGUAUUGCAUAAGACUCAUUUCUUCUCCCUCCCUGCCCCCCCCCUCUCUCUCUCCCUCUCUCUAAUGUGUUAUAGUUUAGCGCUUAUUCAGAUAUUUAUAUAAAUAAUUACAGUUCACAUAUUUUACGUAGCGUGCUAAAUGAUAAGGAAAGCAGGAAUUUCAUCAAGACUGAUUAUUCUAAUUGAUUUCCUCUCAUACAUGUAUGUUACUUAAGUGUUGCUUUGUACUGUACUCUAUUAUUUCUGAUUUUUGAAUUUUCUCUUUGCUUUUGGUAGAUGAGAGAUAAGUCUGAGAAGGUUUUUGUUUAAAUAAACAGAAUGAAAUUACGGAAUAUCUGGUUUUAACUGCACGACUAAAUCGUUAAUUUGAUAAAAAUUUUGUGAUUCCUACGUACAUAAUUCGAAUUUAAUACACAUUUUUGUAUUUAAUAACAUAUGCUACGUAAUUAUAAUUGUAUAUUAUAACUGAAAUGAACGCUCGAAUUGUGAAUAAAACAAAUGUGAAGCGGUAGAAAAAGCUUCAUAUGUGUAUUUGUAUUUAUUUAUAUUGAUGAAAAAUCAAAAUGUUUAUAAUAUAUAAUGGAAAUUUUAUGCUGUUUUUAGUUAAGAAUCAUGAUAUAUAUGAUAAUAG